AUGGUUGCCACAUCUGUGAAUCGCACUGCCUUGCACCCCGGCGGUGUUCAGCCUAGCAAGGGUCACACCGAGCUUGAGGAGGAGCUUCACGAGACUGCUCACAUUGACUACGACCGUGUCUCCAUUAUUGCUAACCCCUCUGUUCCUGCCCUUUACGAAGAUGCUCUUGUCUACGAGACUGGUACUGCUGUUACCUCCAGCGGUGCUUUGAGCGCAUACUCCGGUGCUAAGACUGGUCGUUCCCCCUCCGACAAGCGUGUCGUCCAGGAGGCUUCCUCAGAAAGCGAUAUCUGGUGGGGACCCGUAAAUAAGCCCAUGACACUGGAUCACACCCUUGCAGAUGGGCCCGAGGAGAUCCACUUGGAUCCCUUGCAUAUGCAUCGGGAGGUCUGGCGUAUCAACCGUGAGCGUGCUGUCGACUACCUGAACACCCGUAACCGCAUCUAUGUUAUCGAUGGUUACGCCGGCUGGGACAAACGCUACCAGAUCAGCGUUCGCGUUGUCUGCGCUCGCGCCUACCACGCUCUCUUCAUGCGCAACAUGCUGAUUCGCCCCAGCCGCGAGGAGCUCGAGCACUUCCACCCCGACUAUGUUAUCUACAAUGCUGGCUCUUUCCCUGCCAACCGCUUCACUGAGGGUAUGACCUCUGCCACAUCCGUGGCCAUCAACUUUGCCGAUAAGGAGAUGGUUAUCCUUGGUACCGAGUACGCUGGUGAGAUGAAGAAGGGUGUCUUCACCGUUCUCUACUACGAGAUGCCCGUCAAGCACAACGUCCUUACUCUUCACUCCUCUGCCAACCAGGGUCCGGAUGGUGAUGUUACCGUCUUCUUCGGUCUGUCUGGUACUGGCAAGACCACCUUGUCCGCUGAUACUAAGCGCCAGCUGAUCGGUGACGACGAGCACUGCUGGACUGACACCGGUGUCUUCAACAUUGAGGGUGGUUGCUACGCCAAGUGCAUUGGUCUCUCCGCCGAGAAGGAGCCCGAUAUUUUCAACGCCAUCCGCUUCGGCUCCGUUCUUGAGAACACCGUUUUCGACCCCGUCUCCCGCGUUGUUGACUACGAUGAUGCCACCCUUACCGAGAACACCCGUUGCGCCUACCCUAUUGAGUACAUCGACAACGCCAAGAUUCCCUGUGUCAGCGACAACCACCCCAGCAACAUCAUUCUGCUCACCUGUGAUGCCCGCGGUGUCCUGCCUCCCAUUUCCAAGCUCACCCCGGAGCAGACCAUGUUCCACUUCAUCUCCGGUUACACCUCCAAGAUGGCUGGUACUGAGGAUGGUGUCACUGAGCCCCAGGCUACCUUCUCUUCUUGCUUCGCUCAGCCCUUCUUGGCUCUUCACCCCAUGCGCUACGCUCACAUGUUGGCCGAGAAGAUUAAGCAGCACAAGGUUAACGCCUGGCUCCUGAACACCGGUUGGGUUGGCGCUGGCGCCACCACUGGCGGCAAGCGUUGCCCUCUCAAGUACACUCGUGCCAUUCUGGAUUCCAUCCACAGCGGCGAGCUGGCCAAGGCUGAGUACGAGAACUACGCUACCUUCAACCUGCCCGUGCCUACUUCCUGCGCCGGUGUCCCCAGCGAGCUCCUUAACCCUGAGAAGAGCUGGACCGCCUCCACUUCCUUCAAGGAUGAGGUCACCAAACUUGCUGUCCUCUUCAACGAGAACUUCCAGAAGUACUCUGAUGAGGCCACCCCCGAUGUCCUCGCCGCCGCCCCUCAAGUUUAG